AUGGCAUCGAUAUCGUUCCCUGGCAACAACCAUGGGAUCCAGGUCGGAGAUAACCAUGGCUCAAUCAAUGCAGAGUUCCAUCUGCCUCCGGUGCGACCAGAAACUCCACCCAGCCCUCUAUCGACUGUCCCGUUCGCGCGCGAUCCGGACUUUGUCAGUCGCGACAUCCCCUUUCAUUGGAUCCACGAGAAAAGCUUAGUGCCAGGGUCGAGAAUAGCGCUGGUCGGCCUCGGCGGUGUUGGGAAAUCGCAACUUGCCAUCGAAUACUCCUACCAGGUUCGGUCCGAAUCGCCGGCGACGUGGGUCUUCUGGGUCCACGCAAGUAACGAAGCUCGGUUCGAACAAAGUUUCCGAGAUAUAGCGGACCAGGUUAAAAUCACGGGUCGCCAAGAUCCGCAAGCCAAUAUAUUCAAGCUCGUCGAAAACUGGCUCCGGGAUGAGAAGAGAGGAAGAUGGGUUCUUAUCCUUGAUAAUAUUGAUGUUUAUGAGGUCCUUCAUAAGUCUCCAGCGAGAGGCCAGAGAGACCAGAAGAACAAUCUAAUAGACGCCUCCACAAAGCCACUAUUGGAAUACCUUCCUAGAAGCUUACAUGGAUUUGUUAUUAUCACGACUCGGUCUAGAGAGGUUGCCUUGAAAAUGGUCCAUCACAAGGACCUCUUUGAACUCGAACCGAUGAAAAGGCCCGAGGCGCUUAAGCUUCUCCAAAGAAAGCUUGAGCAACCAGGAGAAAGCCAAGAGAGUCAACAAUUAGUGGAGGAGCUUGAGUUCAUGCCGCUAGCGAUCGUACAGGCCGCUAGCUAUAUUCGAAAUCUGGCACCUCGUUAUUCCGUUUCGCAGUACCUACGAGUCUUCCAGAAAAGUGACCGCGAAGCAACUAAGCUUCUAAAAACAGACGCGAAUGACCUCUACCGGGACUGGGAGGCAGAGAACUCGAUUUUGGUGACAUGGCAAAUAUCAUUCGAUUACAUUCGCCGAACAAACCCGUCGGCGGCGAGUUUGCUUUCUCUUAUGAGCUUUUUCGAUCGGCAAGAGAUUCCAGAAGACCUUCUUCAGGUACAGCCUGAGAGUAGCCAUUUAUCAAGGUCGGAGUUUUUGGAUGACUCUAGUGAAGAUGGGCAGGUAUCUGAAUCUGAUACAGUCGACAAUUUUGAGAAUGAUAUUGCAACACUUAGGGAUUUUUCGUUCAUCUCUGUUAGCAAGAACGGAACAUUUUUUACAAUGCACCGGCUAGUGCAACUGACUAUACGUUCAUGGCUAAAGUCUCAUGGUCAAACGGAACAAUGGAAGGAGAAGUUUAUCAGCAACCUUUACCACAAGUUCCCCACCGGUCACUAUGAAAACUGGGAAAUAUGCCGACGGCUAUUUCCUCAUGUGAAAGCAGCGAUGUCGCAGCGACCAGAAUCAGAUAAAUCUUUACGAGAUUGGGCUACGCUACUUUAUAAUGGCGCAUGGUACGCGUCGCUUAGCGGUAUCCUCGCGGAUGUGAGAGAUAUGGCGUCAAAAUCAAGGAAACAGAGGACAAAACUACUAGGUGCAGAAGAUGAAGAGACCCUUAACAGUACUGCGAUGCUAGCGACAGCAUGGUCCCUUGAGGGACACUGGAAGGAAGCCGAGAGGCUCGAAGUGCAGGUGAUGGAGAGCCGUAAGGCUCAGCUCGGCGACGACCAUCUCUCCACCCUGACUAGUAUGGCCAACCUCGCGUCGACAUACAGGAACCAGGGCCGGUGGGAGGAGGCCGAGAGGCUCGAGGUGCAGGUGGUGGAGAGUCGUAAGGCUCAGCUCGGCGACGACCAUCACUCCACCCUGACCAGUAUGACUAACCUGGCCGCGACAUAUAAGAACCAGGGCCGGUGGGAGGAGGCCGAGCAGCUCCAGGUGCAGGUGAUGGAGAAGAGCAAGAUGAAACUUGGUAACAACCAUCCUAACACGCUGACGACUAUGGGCAACCUGGCUGCGACAUUUUGGGACCAGGGCCAAUGGGAGGAGGCCGAGCAGCUCGAGGUCCAGGUGAUAGAGAUGAGCAAGACUAAACUCGGCGACGAUCAUCCCGCCACCCUAAUUAGUAUGGCCAACCUAGCAGUGACAUACAGAAACCAGGGCCGGUGGGAGGAGGCUGAGUGGCUCGAUGUGCAAGUGAUGGAAACGAGCAAGACGAAGUUUGGCGACGAGCAUCCCUCCACGCUAAUUAGUAUGGCCAACCUAGCGUCGACAUACAGGAGCCAGGGCCGCUAUGAUAAAGCUGAGAGCCUCGACGUGCGGGUGAUAGAGGCUCGUAAGGCGAAGCUUGGCGACGACCAUCCCGACACACUGAAUAGCAUGGCUAGCCUGGCGAUGACAUACAGGAUCCAGGGCCGGUGGGAGGAGGCCGAGCAGCUUGAGGUGCAAGUGAUGGAGACGAGCAAGACGAAGCUUGGCGAGCAGCAUCCUGACACGCUGAUGAGUAUGGGCAAUCUAGCGUCGACGUUUUGUGACCAGGGUAGGUGGGAGGAGGCCGAACGUCUCGAGGUGCAGGUCAUGGAGGCUCGCAAGAUAAAGCUCGGCGGUGAUCACCCUAACACGCUGGCGAGUAUGGCCAACCUAGCGGCGACAUUUUGGAACCAGGGCCGGUGGGAGAAAGCCGAGCAGCUCUUUGUGCAGGUGUUGGAGAGGAGUAAGACCAAACUCGGCAAUAACCAUCCCGACACACUAAGGGGUAUGGGCAACCUCGCGUCGACAUACAGAAACCAGGGCCGGUGGGAGGAGGCUGAGCAGCUCGAAGUGCAGGUGAUGGAAACGAGCAAGAUGAAGUUUGGCGAUGAGCAUCCCUCCACGCUGAUCAGUAUGGCCAACCUAGCGUCGACAUAUAGGAGCCAGGGCCGCUAUGAUGAAGCCGAGAUGCUCGAGGUGCAGGUGAUGGAAGCUCGCAAGGCAAAGCUCGGUGACGACCAUCCCUCCACAUUGACGAGUAUCGGCAACCUAGCGUCAACGUUUUGGAACCAAGGCCGGUGGAAGGAGGCCGAGCAGCUCCAGGUGCAGGUGAUGGUGAUGAGCCUCACGAAGCUCGGCGAGGACCAUCCCUCCACGCUGACCAUGAGCUUCGGAUCACCUGACAACAACUCCAACUACGGACGUACACCGCCAUCCCCCGCCAUCAUAGCUUUCAUUCGUCAUUUCUUCGUCGCUCUCAUCGCCAUCCUCACCGUGGCGCCCCUCCUCCGCCUCCGCCUUUCAUCCGUGCUGGGCCACUUGCGUACCACCACGCCAGUACGAUUCUUGACAACCUCCAGCAUGGCUCCCUCCCACCUCCGGAAGCCUCCCCAGGCCCCGCCUAUCUUCACUGCUACCCCACAGUCGGUGGUAGCAGAUGCCGAGCGUCUGAUCAAAACCUCCCGUGCCAUCCAAGACAAGCUGGUGGCUGAGAUCAAGCCCGAAAACGCCACCUUUGCCAACGUCGUCCGUCCCCUCGCUCAAGAUGACAACGUCAUGGGACUAGAGGCACACAUUCUGGGCUUCUACCAGGCUGUCUCCACCGACUCAAAGCUGCGUGAUGCCUCGUCCAAGGCUGAAGAGCUCAUGGACGAGUUCUUCAUCGAGGCCGUCAUGCGCGAGGAUGUCUACAAUCUGUUUGACUCUGUGCUGCGCCGGAACGAGUCUCUCGACCCCGAGUCCCGCCGUCUGUUGGAAAAGGAACAUAAGGAUUUCGUCCGCAAUGGCCUUGGUCUGCCCGCUGGGCCUCAGCGGGCCCGCUUCAAGGAGAUCAAGAAGCGUCUGAGCCAGCUGAGCAUCGAAUUUCAGAAGAACCUGAACGAGGAGAACGGCGGUAUCUGGUUCACCCCCGAGCAGCUGUCCGGCGUGCCCAAUGAUGUGCUGGACGGUCUUAAGAAGGGCGAGAACGAGAAUGCUGGCAAGCUGUGGCUGUCUUUCAAGUACCCCGACCUUUUCCCUACCAUGAAAUACGCUAGCGACCCCGAGACCCGUAAGCAGGUCAUGAUCGCCAACGAGAACAAGUGCAACCAGAACGUACCGCUAUUCCGCGAAGCCAUUGUGCUCCGUGACGAGGCUGCUCGUCUGCUCGGCUACCCCAACCACGCUGCCUUCCGCAUCGAGGAUAAGAUGGCCAAGACCCCCGAGACUGUCAACAAGUUCCUGGGUGAUCUUCGCAACCGCUUGACUGCUGGCGGUAAGCAGGAGAUGGAGAAGCUGCGCGAGUUGAAGAAGGCCACUGAUCCUAACUCGGAUGGCCGUUACUACCUGUGGGAUCACCGUUUCUAUGACCGUCUGAUGCUAGAGAAGGACUACUCUCUGGAUCAGCAGCUCAUUGCUGAGUGGUUUCCCCUGCAGACCACUAUUGAGGGCAUGCUGAAGAUCUUCGAGGAGCUGUUCGGUCUGGAGUUUGUUGAGAUUGUUGGUGAGGACCGUGCAUCUCUUGCCCCGACUGGCCAGGGCGAUGACAUCGUCUGGCACGAGGAUGUGCAGGUCUUCAGCGUAUGGAACGACGAGGGUGAGGGCAAUGGUUUCGUCGGAUAUCUCUACCUGGACCUGUUCCCUCGCGAGGGCAAGUAUGGACACGCCGCCAACUUCAACCUGCAGCCUGGUUUCAUCGACAAGGACGGUAACCGCCGUUUCCCCGCCACCGCAUUGGUGUGCAACUUCACCAAGCCCCAGCCCAAGAAGCCCAGUCUGCUGAAGCACGACGAGGUGGUCACCCUCUUCCACGAACUGGGCCACGGUAUUCACGACCUGGUCUCCCGAACUAUCUACUCGCGCUUCCACGGUACCAGCACAGUGCGCGAUUUCGUCGAAGCACCCAGCCAGAUGCUUGAGAACUGGUGCUGGACACCCUCGCAACUGCGCUCCCUCAGCCGACACUACUCAACCUUAUCCCCCGAGUACCUUGCCAGCUGGCAAGAGGCCCAGCAGUCCCGCAGCGGCGGCAAGACUGCCACUGGCCCACCACCAGAGCGUAUCCCCGACGAUGUGAUCGAGAACUUGAUCCGCACCAAGCACGUCAACGAUGCUUUGUUCAACUUGCGCCAGCUCCACUUUGGUAUCUUCGACAUGACCAUCCACGAGCCCAAGAGCCACGCCGACAUUGAGGCUCUUCCUCUGUCUGCUACAUACAACCGUCUCCGCCAAGAGAUUACCCAGAUGGACGGACCAGAAGCUCUAGGCGCUGGCAGCGAAUGGGGUCACGGCGAGGCCACCUUCGGACAUUUGAUCGGUGGCUACGAUGCCGGAUACUAUGGAUAUCUGAGCUCCCAAGUCUACUCCACCGACAUGUUCUACACCGUCUUCAAGGACGACCCCAUGAAUAAGGCCGCUGGCCGUCGCUACCGCUACCAGGUUCUGGAGAAGGGUGGCAGCCAGGACGAGAUGAAGACCUUGACUGAGUUCCUGGGUCGUGAGCCUCAGACUGAUGCUUUCUACAAGGAUCUCGGUCUGGCGUAA